GCGGCCGGCUGAUUGUUUUUUCAAUGCGCCAGACCAUUCCACAUCUAGUUCUGGCUAUCUCGACUUCAAUUCCAGCUGGACUCUUCCUACUGGCGAUGCUGAUUGGCACUUGGCAGCUCUGUUGGGCCUGGACUUUGUUGGGCGCAGUUCUGUUGGACACGUGCUGCCUUUGCUUGAAGGAAGUAAUCCGCCAAGCGCGGCCAAUAGAUCCAGCACCUGCAUUUGUGCUUGAAAGCGAAGGACUUUAUGGCAUGCCUUCUGAACACGCUGCCUUUGUGACGUAUUUGUUUGUGCAUCUUGGGAUGCGACUGUCGCGCUCCGACUGGGACCGCUUAGCGAAAUCAAUAGCCUGCCUGGCGCUUGCAACUUGGGGUGCAGCGUUGGUGACUACACGAUACGUUUACGGAGCCCAUUCUUUGCCCCAACUUCUGGUUGGUGGAAGCAUCGGUUUCAUUGCAGGAAGAUGUUGGUCCAACUUGGAGGCAGAACUUCACAGGCCCCUUCAGCAGUGGCAGAACUUCGUCGACUCAUCUCGAAUUUGCGUCCAAAGUCUGUACGGCUUUGAGGAUCAUGAAGACUGAGAACAUGGCGCCACCUUAUCAGAAAUUGCGGAGCAGGAUGUGCAAGUCCCGGACCCAGUGGACGGUUUUCUUCGGGACUUGUGCCAUCUAUGAGCCGUGGAGUUUCAUGUCUGCAACUGGCAUCUUCGAAACAUCAGCCGUUCGCAGCAAGUAGACCAUGGACAUCCAUUGGCCGCCAUCAAAACAAGACUCCAAUCGCCGAUCCGCAGUAUUCCAAAAUGAAUCAAAACUGAACAUUGAAGUGGUGAUGAGUGGUGAUUAGCCUUUCUUAGCUUCCAUCAAAGCCCACACUAGGGGCUUAAAAAAAGCCCUUGAAAAUGUUGGGGGAUGACCAUGGAUGACCUCUGGUGGGAAGUAGCCUUAAAGUUCCAUCAUUUGAGACUCUCCGAUCUGGAGCCAUAGGUGUUUAGUUGAAAUGACCACCACAUGGUUCCUGACUCAUUGACGAAUGGACGACGGAAUGACUGA